UGUUCAUAUUUGCUAACUAUUCCUGUUCAGAGCAUGUGCAUCAGUAACUUCCUGUUGUCAAGUCAAACAUGGCUUGCGAAAUAGCCGUUGAAGACGUGGGGCAAAAUUUCGCCGAUCUAAACGAGAAAAGAAAUUUGGUUACAGACAGACUGCAACGCAGAGAUGAAGAACGUCUUCAGGAUCUCCAAAAAAAGAAGGAAGACAAGGAAAAGAUAACGUCUGACACGGAAAACACUGUGUUUUUCAACGAAAAUUUCAACGCCGCGAAAGCCAAAAUAGAAGCUGAUCUAAUGAGAAGUGAUGAUAUCACCGGUAAAUCAGAAUUGACUGAUCACUUUGAUGCCCUAGUGGUUGCAGUUCAAUCCUUGCAGAAGUUUGUGUCUGACUCCACAUUAUUUUUACCAAAGUAUGAAAUCAGAUCAUCGCAAGAUGUUGUCAACCGGCUGACAGACGCGAUCAAUGAGAAACGUGACGAAAAAAUCCCAAAGAAAAAAUUCGCUUUCAAAUCCAAGAAAAAAUCAGAGAAAAUUGAGAAGAAGGGCACCCAGAAUGGCGAUGCUGUCGAUUCCACCAUCACAAGUAAAGUUAGUGUACAGGCAAAUGACUGUGGGUUUAUGGACCUUAGUGAUCAAUCGUUGUCUCUUGGAGAAAAUUCAAUAAAUCAGAAGGAUGUUGCCAUCAUGAGACUGACAGAUUGUGUCGUCAAACUACAUGGCUCACCAAGUGCUAUCCACAUUGAUAAACUUACUAACUGUAAGGUUUUCAGUGGCCCUGUAUCGGCAUCCAUCUUCAUUGAUAAUUGCACCAACUGCACAUUUGUGUUGCCAUGUCAACAGCUCCGUAUCCACUCCACCACUGAUACUAGCUUCUACAUACAUGUUACUAGCAAAGCCAUCAUUGAAGAUUGUUCCAGGGUCGUUUUUGCUCCUUAUAAUUGGAACUAUAAUGGCAUUGACGAGCAUUACAGAGUGUCUGGUUUAGAUAAGAGCAUCAAUAAUUGGGAUGAUGUUGAUGAUUUCAAUUGGCUAGUCACAGAUCAGCAGUCACCAAACUGGGGUGUUAUUCCAGUAGAGGAGAGAGUAGAAAAUUGGGAGACCUGAAUGACUUUUAUCUGUCAUUUUAGUGCAGAUGAGUGAAAUUUCUGCUAUUGAUUUGCCAAUUAAAUUAUUUUAAAAUGUUUUAGUGUAUGGAAUAUGUCACAACCAGCUUUUGGGUGUCAUUCUGCUGCACAUAAUAUGACUGCAUAUAUCCCUGGUGACUUAGUAGGGGUAUAAUGAUGACAAUUCAAUUUUUUUUUCAACUAUAAACAGUGACUCUCAGUGGAUCAGUAAAACAGUGACAGUUUGCAGUGGACUGGACCCAAGCCAGAUGCCAGGAAAAAAUUGAAGCUGUGACAGUAAAAUUCUGUUUAGUUUCUAAUAGCCAUUGAUGUCUAGACCCUGAUGUCUCACAGGACCAGGACUUAAUUUAUUGUACUUAAUCUUUCAAAAUCAUAACAAUGUAUGAUCAAGCAAAGAAUUCAUUUUGAAAUGAAAUUCAAAUCUGUGAUACAUUUUUUCUUGAUUUUUUCCACUGUUAUGCACAUUGUUUCAAUAUGGAAAAAAAAUUUAAAAUAUCAGAAUACCCCACCCCUG